UGUCAACGGGUUGUUAUGGAGCUCGUAGCGUCAGGUUGUUUAAAUCACAACAGUCUCAAACUUGGUGUGGUCGCUGCAAACAAACACAAAUAAGACUGAUUUUAAAACACUGUAUUUGUUAUAAUGUCCUCCGACGACCGACUGGACGUUUUGCGAGAGCGUAAUAAAGAUUUACUGAUCCAACUCCGGCAGCAGCAGGAGAAACUGGAACAUCUGUGCGGCAGCGGUCAGAGCCGCAAGAGGGAGAGAGAGGACGACGAAGAGGAGGGGAGACAGUCUGCAGAGAUGAGGACCCUGACGGACGGGGACCGGGAUCCAGCCAGGGCCGCUCUCUGCAAAACUAAAGUGAAAUUCACCGAUACGUGUGAGAGACUCAAAAGCAUCCGGCAAAGUAUUUCUACACCAUCUUUGGCCUCUGAUCACAGAGGGGGAUCUCUGGAGCGUACAGCAGCAUCAGAUAUUUUCAGAGACAGAAAUCCUUCAGUCCAUGAGAGCCUGCAGAGCAUCAGGCCACCCAAUGCCAAGUUCUGUCUGGUAAAUCAUAGUGAAACACAGAAGGAGGUGGAAGAUAACGACACACUUGAGGGUGAUGAAUGUGCAGAGAUACCUUCCUCAGACCGGCAUCAUUUGCAGCCUUUACUUGGAUACGACUGGAUAGCAGGUGUUCUAGAUGCUGAGGAUUCCUUGAUAGAUCGCUCUGAUGAAUUCUUCAAUGAACUGCACACAUUUAGAUCGCUCCAUAAAGAUGAGUGUGUCCGCAGCCCACAAGCAGAGUUUUGCGAGGCGAGUCUCUCAGUCUUGCCGUCGCUAUCAGACAAGAGCAACCCUGACGCUAACAAGGACACUCAUCAAUGUACUUUUUCUUAUAGGAUUAACAGCAGGCUGUUUCCAGUCCCACUUAACUCUAAGGAGUGCUGUCCUGUGUGCAAAAGACACAAGUCCACACACCCUCACACUACUGCUGAACCAGCUCUAAUAAGGGUCAGCAUUCCUCGCUCCACUCUCUUGCCUCCGUACAAGUACAAAGCUCAUCGGCGUUGCAGUUUUGACCCGUCUGAUAGUUUGGGUUUGCCUUCGCACUGUCUGUCAGGCUGGUCAAACACAGGUCAGAGCCUCCUGACACCACAAAGUAGCCUUGAUCUGCGGAGUAAUCUGAAUAUCAAACACAGCACUGAGUCACCGAACAAGGAACUAGAGGAUCUCUCUGCUCCCAAAGGGUCUAGUCGCCUGAAGCCUGACCAGAUCCCACAUGUGUCACUCCUGGCUCGACACCACUUCCAACACUUGUCUCCCAAAAGGAAAACUGGAACAACAUCCCACCCUGUAACCUGACAGUUGUUUAUUUUAUGAUAAUCGCUGUAGUUUCCAUAUGUCAUUUCAUCACCACCCAACAUGAUUCCUCUCUUUGUUGAAGUUUUGGUAUUUUUUACAGCAGUGAUGAUUUUCCAUUACAUUUGCUAAAUUACUAUUUUUCAACAUUAAAUAAACAGGUUGUCAUAUAGAAAACAAAGCGAGCCUCAACAUUUAUUAGUGCCUGACCUUAAAUUUUAGAAAGUGUAAUUAAUGCAGGGACUCAUUUAAUGCAAAUAAGAACGUACCAUCUGUCAACAGAAGCUCCGUGUCAUUUGUUUUCUGAUUUACAAUUCGCAUGUGAGUGUCAGCAGCCCUGUGGAAGUGAGGAAAGAUCAUAAUGUUGCACCACAGUGGAAAGAUAUUUGACAAAUCGAGGGAGUCUUUUUAGAAUUGCAUACAGAAAGCUAAAUUUGUGGUUGCUUUUCGAAUUUCACAACAUAAAGGAUGUCUUUUUGAGUCAUAUCUGUUGCACAGACACCCUUUUGGGUUUCCCUUUCCAUUUGUUUGCUUUGGCUCCAGGUUUAUGCAUACUUCUGUUUUUGACUUCCUUUGUUACUUCCUUACUUUAGGACUGAGAGCAAUUCUGUGACAAGUUGAGAAUGAUACUGUACAUCGACUGCAAUUCACAGGAAACCACAACUGCCUAUACAUUUAGUCAGACUGUAUUCAUCACACC